UCAUUGGAGAUUAUUUGCAUUCAAGUGGCUCUUUGGAUUAUCUUUAGGUUUACAUGGACUGUGGUUUUGUCAGUGUUGUACCUGGCACUAUUCGUUGUUUCUGUGGAACUGCGUCUUGUGGUUUUUUAAAGAGAAAGAAUGUGCUUUUUUUAAAACCAUCUGCUUAUAGUAGGAUUGUCUUUUUACGAGGUGUGCGUGGAAGGAAGGAAAGUGUCUCUAUUCCGUUUUCUAUGAAAAUUUCUGAGGACGCAGUAAAACUUAUUGUUGUGACGGGAAACAAUAUCGAGCUCACGGAAGCUUUGCAUAAGUAUGUCGAAGAAAAGGUUGGCAAAGCUAUUUUAAAGUACAUUCAUUUCGUCGUCAAAGUAGAAGUUCAUCUGUCCGUUGCUCACAAUCCCUCUAUCAAGUUGCGUCACACUUCGGAAGUAACUGUGUUUGCAAGGAAGCAUGUUCUUCGGGCUUCGGAGACUGCGGAAACGAUGUAUGCAGCAAUAGAUCUAGUUUCGGACAUAACUGAAAGAAAACUUCAACGCUAUAAAGAGCGAUUGCAUGAACCUAUACAUGGUCCGAAAACCAGCGAUAUUGCUGUCAAUCCUAUUCCAGAAACGGAUCUGGUUUCGAGAAGGCCUUCUCGUGGAGAUGAAGAGGAGUGGAAAGAAUUGGUUGACAAAUAUUCUAGUGAUAAUUUGCUAGACACGCUCAGUCCUGAAGAUAAAGUGGUGAAGAGAAAGUCGUUUCCAGUUCCUCGUCAAACUGUUGCCGAAGCUGUGUUAUGCUUGGAAUACAUUGAUCAUGAUUUUUAUGUGUUUAGAAAUAGUGAAACUGGGGAGGUUAAUAUUGUUUACAGACGUAACCAUGGAGGUGUAGGUUUGAUUGUCCCUGAAAGAGAAAGUUGAUGAUGAUUGAUCGUUUUCUAUGGAAUAAAUGGGUUAAAACUUGCCAAAAAAAUAAUAUAUUUGAGAUUUGUACU